UUUCGGCUCGGGAAAACAUGUUAGCAUAUUAGAAAAUGUCUAAGUUUUAUUUUUUCUGCGUCCUCUUUCAAAAACGGUGGGUAGACUGAAAGCAAGGGACCACCGAACAUGCUUUAAUAAUAUUUGCUCUACUUCUACUGCGCAAAAGUUUCAUCGGCCCAGGGGGCAACAUAUUCAUAAAAUGGUACUGGCUACCCGUCGUGUUGUGUUCCAAAGUCACCGAUGAUAACAUUUCUUGAAGCAUUUUCAUAGAACAGAAAUACACCGGGCACAAGAACAGCACUACCAGGAAGUUUCCGUGUGCAUUGUGUGACCAUGUGUGGGAAAACUGGAACACCAGUCUUUAUGUGCCGUGAGACCGCCGGUCUCUAAGUGCCGAAAGUGGGGUAGCGAAAAUGGACAACGACGAAGAAGAGACUGCUGAUGACACAGUCCAAGGCGAGAGCGUCAACAUCGCUCAGGAAGUCGAGAAACUCCGUCAAGAAAACGAAAAACUUCGGCAGGAAAACGAAGACUGCAAAUCAAGAUUGCAAGGACUGCAGACUCUAGGGGUUCUUCUGGACGAAUCACGUCACGAGAAAGAAAACCUCCGCGACCAGGUGACCGAGUUAUCGACCAAACUUUCCCUCCAAACAACAGAGUCAUCCGACCCUAGCGAAGAGACGACAACCGCUCCAUCAGGCAGCCCGCCUCAGGAAAAGACGGAGUCUGUCCAGAACGAAAACGUUCUCGUCUCGCUCGACGAGGGUAUCAAUCAAACCGAAGGGAAUGGCGAAAAUGACCUAUCCAUGAGCGGAAUGAUGUCCCUUGAACAGUCCCUAAGGAGUUCGGAGGAAGAACAGCCCUUGCUGACAGAGUGGAGCGAUAUGCCGGUGUCAGGCGAGCCCCUGUCCGAUCACGCCCAGCGACUGGAGGCCGCACUGCACGAUGAUGGCGGCCCGAGGAAGUCCACUGAGAUGGCCGCCGAAAUGGCACGCUUCGGCUCCAGGGUUCUGCAAAUGGAGAAAAAGUACAACAUUCAAUCGGUUCUGGUUAGAGAUCUGACGACAGAAAACGAAGAUCUGAAGAAGAAACUUGCAGACGGACUACAGGAGAAGAACGACAUCAUACGUACCUUACAAAACCAGGUAGAUGACCUGCAGGCCGAGCUAAAGGCUCGGGAGGACCAGGGAGACGAAAUAACACAACCAGUCGUCAAACAAAAUGACGAUAAGCAGCAUUCUUUUGACAAGGAAAUCGACAACUUGCAGACGAAAGUUGAGGAACUACAGAGGCAGAAGAAAGAGAUCAUCGAUGUGAACAAACAAUGGGACGUGCAGUAUCGGUCCAUGAAGGGGAGUUUGGAGGAAAAACUGGAGGAAGCUCACAGACAGAUCGCAGAGUACCGCGGCCAGGAAGACAAGAGGCAAAGAGACAUUGACAAGAUGCUUCUGUCGGCUAAGAAAAGGAUAGAUGCUGAACAGGAGGCGCGAGAGAGGGCAGUACAGGACUACCAGCAGGAGAAGCAGCGCGGGGACACCCUGUCCGCCCGGGUGACUCUCCUAGAGAACCAGAUCACAGACAUGAUGCGGCAGCGGGGCAACCUGGAGGCAGAGAUCAGGAGACUGAAUGGGGCACUUGGUGAGGCGCCCAGUAUGGCGAUAAGAACUCCUCCAUACCAAGCAGCAGAGCGCCAACAGUCGGCCCCACGCCAAAGCCAGCCCCCUUCACACAACACACAACCCAGCGGCUCGUUGGACACGCGGACAGAGAUCGAGGUCCUUCGGGCACAGGUGGCGACCUACCGCGAGGACUUCGAGACGGAGAGGGGCGACCGGGAGAGGAUCCAGGGGGAGAAGGAGGCUCUGAGGGACGAGAUGGUGGCAUUGAGGCUACAGGUGGACUAUCUGUCUCAACAGCUUCGGGUGUACGAGGAAGACUUCAAUCGCGAACGCCGACAGAAAGAGCGACUUCAACGUGAACUGAGACGGAGACCAAUGGGUGCUGAAGACCCCGCACCUUACAAUGCCGGUCCGCGGCAGGAGGAGUACAUCCAGCCGCCGCCAGUCCAGUUCUACCCGCCUCCACCACCGUACCGAGAACAGCCUCCUCACUACCAGCAAUACUACCGUCCUACCGCUGCCGAGAUCCAGCAAAGGGAACUCAGCCGAUAUCCACAGCGUGGUCGCCUGACACCCCGCGGGACAGGUUACCAACACGGGCGGUUCGCCUCUCAGGUCAUCCCGAGAACUCUCCCUACUGACGUGGAGCAUGACUGUGCGGACGGGCUGGGCAACCAAUACGUCGUGGGAGACUGUCCCAGAUGUCAGCGACUGUUUGACAACCCAAGAGACCUACAAGACCACAUUCAACGCUGUAUCACCUAAUAGUGGUGUCUUAAGACACGCAAACGGACAUGAGCAACUUGAACUUGAACGAUCAUAAUAUAUACACAUUUCCCAUGUAUUCUUUAUUCAAAUGUGACUCUUUGGUUGUAUCAUCAGUAAACUGUCAAUGUCUGUUUGUUGACUGAAAUAAAGAUACACGAAGAAUCGCAUUAUGUCUAAAUACUUGGGAAAUGUUAAAAUAUUUGUUCAGUCGACCAGUAUCCCAAUACAGACUAAACAGUCGGUCGUUCCAAGUACCAACAUCUGGUUAAGUGACAAUAAAGGUAGUACAUUAAAUGUAUGCAUUACUGCAGACACAGCUGAAAGGGUAAAAAAUGACUGAAGAAGCAGUUUUGUUGAAGUUUAAGUUGCUCUUGUUGCCGCUCGUCCACCCGUGUUGGAGCCAGUACGGACACAGGCACACAUGGUGUUCACACUGUCGUUUGGCCGUAUGAAGGACGUGUGUGGACGGUCAGUUGGGAGCUAAGGUCAUGGUACAAGUGUGGAUUGGACUACUAGCGCCAAACGCCGUGGGUUUGGGCUGACCAAGCUGGGAAUGGCGUUGUGAAUCUGCGACUGAAGAUCGUUGCAAGUCCCUAUAAAAGAUAUAACGGAACGACAAAAGUAAUUACUGUCAAAUAGACUUAGGACCACAACAUUUAUCAAGUUGAUGGUGACUUAGAUUAGCCUGGGUACCAUCUUAUUUCUACCGGGGCUCCUUACACUCGCUACCCUAAAAAGCGAAUGUAGGGAGCCCCGGUAGAAAUAGGAUGGUACCCAGGCAAGAUUUAGUUGGUAUAAUCUACACCAAAGGUGUAAGUUGUAGAAUCGAAAGAAAUAUGCCCUCUUUUUAGUUUUGCAAGACGAUGCAAAGAAAGAUUGCAAUCAUACUAUCUGAAACGUAACAACGUAAUAAUCUGACAUUGUCCUAAUCUUCUGACGAAUCGAAAAAGAAAUAAAUUUGUCUCUAGUUGGUUAAAAGGCGAAAUAUGAGCAAAAACUUCUCUUUUAAACUUCUUCCAUGUACUUUCACUAAUAGCUCGCGUUUGCUUCUUCUAUCAUGUGGCUGAAAUAAAGUGAUAUGAAUUCAUACAAUUAACGGCAUUGACACUACCAAUAUGGUAUAUUACGAUGUGAUAGGAAGACGUUAUGGGCUGAACGUAGAAAUAUCAUUCAAUGACUUAUUAACGUGUGCAGUAAUCUCUGUCGUUGUGGUGCUAAUCUGACUAUUGGAGUGUGGGAAAAUGAGUGGUUCUGUUUCAGUGCAUUUCGAAAUGCCUGUUUGGAAACAUUUUCUGAAAUCGCAUUAAGGCAUUGAGUGCUCCUUUUUAUCUUUGGCAUCUACGUGUGAAUAUAAUGAGGACAAGCUUCAUUCAUAUUUUCCCAAGGAAAGAAACCCAACGUUAUGAGUGGGAUUGUCUCUAUUUGCCAGGCAUGAUAUACAUGGUAAGGUUAUAAAGAUGAUUCUGAGUCUACUCUGUAAUGUUUCUGUCUAACAAUGCAAGUCUUCAGUCGACGUCA